ACCACCACCACCACCACCACCACCACCACCAUGCCUUCCUUCAACGCCUGCCACCAAGUCGCCAGCCUUGCCGAAGCUUCUGGCAUUCCAUACAUAGAGAAACUCGCCAAGGUCGCCGUGGCCGUAAUGGAACUUCUAGAGCAAAGGAAAAAGAACAAGAAGGAUGUCAAAGCCCUAUGCGAAAGCAUCGCUAACACGGUCGUUGUCAUCAACACCGUUGUUCGGAUGAAUGAGGAAGCGGGAGCUGCGUACUUUAAAGAUAUCUGCGCAGAGAUGGAAGCGUAUCUAACGAGCUUAGCCCAAGAAUUGAAGGGCGAAAUUGAACGCAAGCAUAGUGGUAUCAAGAGCUUCUUCAAUACCCAGGAGCUCCGUGAUACCAUUCAGGAUUAUAGAAUGCGCGUUGACGAUUUAAAGACUGAUUUUUUGAUCCACGUAACUGGAAACUGUCUGUCGGUGCUUGUGGAGCUUCAGACCACCCAGCAGGAACUUAUAUGUCUCAUGGUCGAGAUCCGGAACAAGGAGAACACUGCACGAACAAUCUAUGAUAUUGCUGUAGACAGUACCCUUUUUGUAUCAUUGCCCUCUCAAACCUACCAUUUCCGUGUGCUGUAGAACUGCCGUGUGCUGUAGACGGGCUGCUGUGUGCUGUAGAAGAGCAUUGCCCUAUUCCUUCCUUCCUAGGUACCGUUGAUAUCAUUUCAGGACGUAAAUAACUCUAGUACAGCAGUUCAAUCCCUAUAUAUAAUCUGCG